AUGUCUGCUCAGCCCGGAAACGAAAGGAGGGACGACCUGGACCAAGACCUGGAUCAAGACCGGGACUUGGCUUUUCGAUCUUCUCUGGACCAGGGGACAAGGCCUGUUGCUAUGGAAACUGCAUCUACAGAUGACCUGAUGUCUGAACUUUUCAAGAAGGGUUUGGCUGAUGAUGACAGAGAUGUGUACACCUCCCUGAUGUCCAGUCAGACCUACACGUCCAGUUACGAGUCCUCCCGUGUGGCCGUGACCUCCAAGACUUCCACAGAUUACAGCUUCAGCGCCAAGAAGGACCUGCUGGACGACAUGCCCAAAUCAUACAACUACAUGGACAUCAGUCACGGCGAGGAGAGCAAGGCAAAGCACAGCUACCUGGACUCUCCGGUACGCGACACUCUGGGAGGCUAUAUGGACAAAACCCCAAGGCAUGGCAAGGAGGAAGAAGAGGACGAGGAUGAGGAGGAAAACCUGGGUCCGGCUUUAGGCUCCCACUCCUUCCCGUAUGUGGAAGAGCCGUCGGAUGAGGAGAUGUCUGACUAUCGCUCGUACAGGAACCUGGGAGGAACGCCCCAGGCCAGUCCCGUUAAGAUUACCCUGACUGAAUCUAAGCUGGGACAGGUCAAAGAGGAGCCCCAGCAGCACAUCAUCCCAACUGCUGCAGACACCGACAACGUUCUGAGCGUGGGGGUGAAGGGGGUCCCCACGGUCACACUGUCAGAGCCAGAGGACGACAGCCCCGCCUCUACUCCCAACGCAUCACCCACACAUAAAGAGUUCCCUGUGAAGCCGGCUCUGGGCUCACAGGACGGGAGCAGUGCCGAGAGCGGAGACUCCGAGAUCGAGUUAGUGUCAGAGGAGAUUCACAAGACGAGCACAAACCCGUUCAGCCAGGCCCCCAAGAGCCCCCCCAAGAGCCCCUUUGACCACCCCGCACCCCCUAAAGCAGCACUGGGCCUGGGCACUCCCACCUACAGCAUCCUGAGAGAGGAGAGGGAGGCGGAGCUGGACACGGACCUUUUCAUCGAGUCCGCGUCUGAGGAGAGCCCCAAAAGAGAGCAGGGGUUCGGGGGUCCUAAGCACAUCGGGCCGUCCCCCCUGGUCCCCGCCGCCACGCCACCUCAUCCAGUCACAGAGCCGGUCCGGUCCCUGAGUCCAGACAAGCCCAAAGUCCAGGUCAAAGCCGAGGAGGAGCGUCCCAAAGCGAAGCCCCCGACAGCCGCAGUGACCCCCGAGGUGAGGGCCGGCAAAGCUCCAGAGGCCGAAACGCACAAGGAAGACGUGAAGAAGACUGACAUCGCAGUCAUCUUCAAGGGAUUCAGCAAACAGAAAGUGAACGACGACUCCAACAGAAGAACAGAGCGAGCAGACGGAGAUAGCAGCAUGCAGGCCACUGCAGACAGCAGCAAGAAGGAAUGCUCAUGGAGCAGCUGGAAGGGCCAGGCGAUGGACCUGCUGUACUGGAGGAACAUGAAGCAGUCAGGGGCGAUGUUCAGCAGCGCGCUCCUGCUUCUCUUCUCCCUGACCCAGUUCAGUGUAGUCAGUGUGGCUGCGUACCUGGCCCUGGCCGCCCUCUCCGCCACCAUCAGCUUCCGGAUCUACAAGUCUGUGCUCCAGGCCGUGCAGAAGACUGACGAGGGCCAUCCUUUCAAAGCUUACCUGGAGGUAGAGAUGACCCUGUCCCAGGACCAGAUCAGUAAAUACGCAGACAAAAUCCUGCUGUACACCAACACCUGCAUGAAGGAGCUGCGCCGCCUGUUCCUUGUGCAGGACCUCAUCGACUCGAUCAAGUUUGCCGUGCUGAUGUGGCUUCUCACCUAUGUGGGGGCCCUCUUCAAUGGACUCACACUGCUCAUCCUCGGGGUGGUGUCCAUGUUCACCAUGCCUGUGGUCUACGAGAAGCAUCAGGCGCAGAUCGACCAGUAUGUGGGAUUGAUACGAACACAGGUCAAUGGCGUGAUGGGAAAAAUCCAAGCAAAGAUUCCUGGGGCCAAGAGGAAGGAGGAGUAG